GCAAAAUUCUUCAAAUUUUUCUUCUUGUUUCACUUCAAGCACUCCAUUCUAUGCCAAAGUUGGAAUUUGUUCUGAACUUUAGUGAUGUUCGUUCUAGUCGAUUAUUUUGUACAAUUACAAGACCUUCUUUACCUCAAAGCAAAAGCAUUUUGCGGCUGCCGCGUGUGGCGCUAUGGAAUACACUCAGAAGAAACGUAGUCACUGUUGAGACGAAACGGGCCUCCGUUAAAUUAAAAAACGCUUCAUGGAAGGAUCUCAAGGCGAUCUUUGCUCUUGCAGGACCUUACAAAUGGCGAAUCAUGUUGGGACUGUCUUUUCUUGGGAUCAGCAGUUCUGUUUUCUUGCUGACUCCGCGUGUGCUGGGGAAGUUGAUAGAUGAGUUUGACGAUGAACGAAGGGCGAAACCGGGAGAAGAAGAUCUGACCCUCCGUCUGGCAAGGUUCUUCAAGGACAACCCUAUCGCACUCGUUGGUGUUUUGUUCUUGGGCGCUGCUGCGAUUGCAGCCAGGGUUUAUUGCAUGCACACAGCAGGUCAACUUGUCAUCAAUGAUCUUCGUAAAAAAGUGUUUAACGCUGUAUUGCGGCAAGACAUAGCAUUUUUCGAUAAAAAUAAGGUCGGAGAAAUUGUCUCUCGGUUGUCUACCGACGCUCUCAUUGUUGGCUAUUCCGUAUCUAUGAAUCUCAGUGACGGUGCUAGAGCAUUACUGACAUGUCUGGGUUCAGGCGGACUUAUGGUCUAUACGUCACCGGCACUUUGUCAAGUGAUGGUCGUGGUUAUUCCCAUAAUCGUAGGAACUUUCGCAGUUUUUGGAAAACUGCAGCGGAAGUACACUUUGCAAAUGCAAGAGGCAGUUGCUGGCGCCAAUCAGGUGGCCACGGAGCGUCUCUCGAGCGUUCGAACCGUUCGUAUGCUUGUAGCUGAGCGAAAAGAAAUGGCGGCCUAUGCUUCGAAGAUCUUUGACAUAUGGCAAAUAUCUAGAAAAGAGGGCUUAGCUCGCGGCUCCAUGUAUGGGUCGUUUCAAUUCACUGGAUACAUAGCCCUUUCGACAGUUUUAUACUAUGGAAGUAACUUGAUCAGUCAAGGAUUGCUAACAUAUGGUGAUCUGUCGUCGUUUUGCUUGUAUGCAGUCUUUUGUGCUUCGAGUCUGUCAAGCAUGUCUGGGUUUUUCAUUGAGAUCAUGAAGGGCUUGGGCGCAAGCUCAAGAUUAUUUGAACUCCGCAAUACGAAGCCUCAGAUUCCUCUUGAAGGAGGUAUCAAGAAGGGUAACGUAGAAGAAGCUAUAAGAUUUGAACGCGUGGCAUUUGCAUAUCCAGGGAGAGACCCGCUGUUUCACAACAUCUCGUUCGAAAUCCCGGCCGGGCGUAUCACAGCCGUUGUGGGAUCGUCCGGCAGUGGAAAGUCUACUAUAGCCAAUCUUCUUUUGCGGCUGUAUGAUCCUAUCAAAGGUCGUAUCAUGAUCGAUGAUGUAGAUCUGAAGCAGGUAGAUCCAUCUUACUGGCGACGGCAGAUUGGUACCGUAGGGCAGGAGCCAAUACUUUUCUCAACUACACUGCGAGAAAAUAUACUUUAUGGUGCAGAGCACCCGGAGAAAAUUACAGAUGCUCAGAUCGAAGAAGCAGCGACGCAGUCCAAUGCGAUAGGUUUCAUAAAAACGUUUCCGCUAGGCUUUGAUACAAUGGUCGGAGAACAAGGCUCUAUGCUAAGCGGGGGACAAAAGCAGCGGAUAGCUAUCGCUCGGGCUCUCGUGACGAAUCCCCGAAUCUUGAUUCUUGAUGAAGCAACAAGUGCGUUAGAUGCCACAUCUGAAUACCUAGUCCGAAUAGCCCUGAAUCGCCUGCUUGAAAAUAGUCACCAAACAGUUCUUAUCAUAGCGCACAGGUUAUCCACCAUAAAACAUGCCGAUCAAAUCGUCGUCUUGGAUAAAGGAAGCGUUGCCGAGCAUGGCAGUUUCGAUGAGCUUAUGCGAUUACUUGGAAAGAGGAGUCUUACUGAGGAUGCUUUGUUAUUCUCUUAUACUCUCCGAAUGAAUCUUGCACAAGUAUCAGAAUUUUAUCUGUUUUGCUCUUUUAUUUUUGAUGGAAUGUCUCAAAUCUAACUUUCGUUGGGUCUAGAUGGGUCUGUACUAUAUUUUUUUAGUUUCAUGUAUGUGUAAGCUUGCGCAGAUCUUUAAAACGAGACCUUGAACUAAGAAUCUCAGCAACUUCUAUUUCCUGUCCUCAGUUGUUUGUCAUAUCACUUUUAGUUACGAUAAUUUAACUAGCCGAUAAUCAGAUUUGUCUUACCUCUAUGACGUUCGAAAAUCCGCCAAAGAUUCCUUUUUAUGUUUCUGACCUAAGUAGAACUGCCCUUUACAUGGCCCAAAUUGCAGUAGAGCUUGAUGCUAUCACACGCUGGUAAUCACGUACUAUAUAAUUUUCCUUG